UGUCUUUAAGUGUUUGAUUUAAUUCUAAACUAUCAGUGCUUUGAUUAUCCGGUGAACAGUAUUAAAGUCAUAAUAAUUGUUUGUUAUACUGUAUAAUACAGGCGACAACUGUGCCACUGAUAAGUCUAUACUAAUGUUAUGUUUGAAUUGUUUCAAUGUUUAUGAUUGAAAUCUUUUGACUAAACAUAUGUUUUAAAGCAUUCAUUCAUUCAUUUAUUAAUCAUUUAAUUUAAAUUUUCUUCUGCAAGAAGUUGUACUCAWUUUUAUCGAUCAAUUAAUUGUUAAAAUUUUGAUGAUAUCUUGUCAUCGACGGUAAGAUAUCACUAAUGGCCACAAGUAAUGGUAAAAAGAGUGGCGAAAGUCAAUCAACAAAAAAGUCACAUAAAUAUGAUUUAAGUGACCAAACAGUGGCUGAUAUUAAGCAGACCUUUGAACAGUUUGCCACCGAAGACAAGAAACACAUCCAAACCAAAGAUCUGAAGAUUGCAAUGAGAGCUCUAGGAUUUGAACCCAAAAAAGAAGAGAUCAAUAAAAUGAUUCUCGAAAUCGACAAAAAUAAAAGCGAUUUAAUCACUUUCGAUGAUUUUUUCAAUGUUAUGGCCAAACGGUUGGCAGAAAAGGACACAAACGAUGAGAUUAUGAAAGCGUUUCAAUUGUUUGAUUGCGACCAAAGCGGAGGCAUUUCAUUUGAAAACUUAAAACGAGUGGCAAAAGAGUUGGGAGAAACCAUUAGUGAUGAAGAAUUGAAAGAAAUGAUUACCGAAGCGGACAGAGAUGGAGAUGGAGUCGUCAGUUCUCAAGACUUCCUCAGGAUUAUGAAGAAGACUUGUCUCUAUUGAUCUCUUAAAUUGAUUCCUAUUUUAUUAUUAUUAUAUA